AUGGCCCAAGUCGAUCUCAACGAAUACAACGGCGGUCGCCUGGUCGGCGCCACCAUCGCUCUACUGGCCCUGAGCUGGAUCACCAUCGGCCUGCGCACAUACACCCGAGCCGUUAUCAUGAGGAGUUUUCAGGGCGACGACUGGUUAAUGCUGAUGGCUCAGGUUAUCUUCACAGCAAUGUGCGCCUUCAUCCUUGAAGGUGUUCGCAGAGGCAUGGGACGACACAAUGCAGCCAUUGAAAGCGACGAUGAUAAAGUUGCUGCCCUCAUGUGGCAAGCGAUCGCGACUAUUGCCUACAUUCUGGCCAUGAUGUUCGUCAAACUCAGCAUUGGUGUCUUUCUUCUUCGAUUAUCCGCCAAGAAAGUCUACAGCACCAUCAUCAAAAUCAGUCUCGUCGUUGUUACACUAUAUACGAUGGGUGUCUUUUUCUGGGAUGUGUUCCAAUGCAUGCCCGUCGCUAAGCAGUGGGAUUACCGAAUCACAGAGGGUCGAUGCGCCAGUGGGCAGGACAUUAUCAAUGCCGCCUACGCCAUCAGUGUCCUCACUGUUGUUUCGGAUUGGUUCUACGCUCUGCUACCCAUUCCCAUGCUGUGGAACGUCAAGAUGACCAAGCAGGCCAAGGUCACUGUUGUACUCAUUCUGGGCCUUGGUAUCUUCGCUAGCGUUGCUACACUGAUCCGUGUCAAGUUCUUGGCUGGUCUGACAGAGACGGAUGAUCUCCUCUUUUCCGCAACCGAUGCCCUGCUUUGGAGUAUGGUGGAGCCUGGUGUGGCCAUUAUCGCCUCGAGUCUCGCUACCAUUCGACCUCUACUGCGCGUCCUCAAGAUUCGCGGUUUUGAAUCUACAGCCCGCACACGGUCUACUGGAAUGUCUGGCAAGAAACAGGGAAGCUCGAUGCCUGGAUACGGACCCAAUGAUGUCUCGCUUCACCGCGUCACGGUUGUAGACUCGGAAAGUCGCAGUGAGGCGCUCGCUUAUGACGAGUACCAUCGCCACGCGGCUGGUCUCUCGUCCCAUCCACCUCCCCUCAACUACAACGGCGACCCGAUGCUAGGAAACAAGGUCAGCAUCUCCGCUGGUGAGGGCGGUGGCACUCGAGUGCGCGGAGACUCCAAGAGUGAAAUUUACAUCAUCGAGGGAAAGCAAAUCACUUCUCCGUCAUGGACCCCCAGCGAUUACCCUGCCUCGGACAGGUCCUUGGAAGACAUCAGCGCCCUGGAAGAGCAAAGCCAGGACCUUGGACAUGGCCCGUCUGGCGGACAUGGACACCGACUAUAA